CUUUCUUGGAAACGUUGCCAGGGAGGGAACUUGGGACCUUCUGCUCUUCCCAGAGCAGCUCCAUCCCCUGCUAAGGGGAAUAUCUUGCUGUGCUCACACAUCAAGUCUCCCAUUCAGAUGCAACCAGGGCAGACCCUGCUUAGCUAUGGGGACCAGUCAUGCUUGCCACCACAAGACCAGCUCUCCUCUCCCCAUGCCCUAAGAGUGCAAGACCAGCAUAACGAGUUGCCAAACAGCUGGGUCAAACAGCAAGAUGCGUAACCCUUGCCUUUACCAUCUAGACUUUGUCUCAAAUCCUCUUCAAACAGCAGAUGCUGCCAGGAUGAAUCUUUUCAAGGAGAUCUUGCCAAGGGUUCGAGAAAUCCUAUCCAAUGCCUCUUCCUACCAGAUUCAAAUGUUGCUGAGCCUCAUGUUGGAAGAAGGUGUUAUUUCCAAGGAAUAUUGCCAGACCUUGCGCCAGGAAAAAGACCGAGAUGAUCUAGCGAGGAAGAUUUCACUGAAUCUGGUGGAAAAAUGGGCCACGCAUUUGAACACCAUGCCUCCUCCCCAUUGUUCACAGGUCGGAGGCAGCCGCAUGGAUGCUGCUGCUGCAGGGGCCAAGCUUGGAGGCUUGAGUGAUAACAUCAUGGAUCCAGGGGUCUUAGCUGGGAAGAGCUGUCUGGAUCUGUUGGACAGCGAGGACGAUCCUUGGGUCCUGUACAUUGAAGAGGAAGCUAAGUUUGCCACAGGUGACCCACCAGUUGACACCAUCAGCUAUGAUCAGGACAACAACCCAGAUGUCUUUUACACAGUGGAAAGUGACGAGAGUGGAGAGGAGAUCUGUCUGUGUUCGAAUACCGGAGAGGCUUACGAUAAAAUUGCUGCAUUGGCUGAUUAUGUCCUGAAAGAUCAGCAGGAGAAUCCUGUGGAGAAUCUUUUCGGAAGCCUGGUGUCAGAAGAGGUUCCUGCCGAAUGCCCAGGAGGUUGUCUGGAGACAAAGAAGCGCCGCAGCUGCUCGGACCCUCCAGAACCGAAACGCAGGAAAGUUGCGCACUCACCAGCCUUGUGCGUAGUGAAUGCCAGCUCCAUGGCCAUCCCUCUGAACGCAUCCCUACCUGGCGCCAUCUCUCAGUCCGACUUCCAUGUGCAAUUUUCUGUGACUGCCAUUGGUCCUGCAGGAAGAUCUUCAAAGGCCUUUGGGCCUUCUGUGAGUCCUAGUUCAGAGUACUUCUCACUUGGAACGGAUAACUUACAUGUGGUUGUGACCUUUGCACCUCUCCCUCAGAAUGCUCAUUUGCCUAUUGGACCAGACACUCCCAACAUUGACAUCUGCUCAGAGUUGAUUGAUACUUUUCGGGAGAAGCUGAAGAAUCAUUUCAAGGACGUGUGCACACUUGUGCCCAUGGAGCGAAAAGUAUCCAUGGACCAUCUUUACAUCAACAGCGAUCUGGUGCAGUGUCACGCCGAAAGCAGGAGUGUGAGGAAUGCCAAUCUGAGAUCCUGUGACCUUGAAGAGAAGGAGAAAAUCAGAGUGCGGAGGAGUCGGCUGUUCCAGACACCAGGCAAGAACGAACUGGGGACCAAGGUCAUUGUGGUGUUGGGGAAGGCAGGCAUGGGGAAGAGCCUGCUUGCUCAAAAGACCUGCCUGGACUGGUCCAAAGGCAAGUUGCCCGAAUACGACUUUGUCUUCUGGUUUGACUGCCGGAGGCUGAGCCCACUCCUAGAGAAGCACUGCAGCCUGAAACAGCUGCUCCUUGAGUGGUCUGGUGGACCUCAAGAGGAAGGUGAUGAAGUCUACCGGCACAUCCUGCAGAAGCCAGACAAGGUCCUCCUAAUUUUUGACAGCUUGGAAGAGCUGAAGGAUCAGGAGGGCUUCAUGUCCUGUUCCGACAACCCACCCUCAGGCCUCCGGGGCAUCUUGGCUGGGCUCUUCCAGAAGAAGCUACUCAGUGGUUGCACCUUGUUACUCCUGGCACGUCCCAAAGACAGGCUGCCUCAGUGCUUCCCCAGGAUGGACACGGCCCUGGAAAUGGUGGGGUUCUCCACGCAGCAAGUUGAGCUCUACCUUAAUCGCUAUUUUGAAGGUUCCCCAAACUGCAGCAAGGCGGUGAGUUUAAUCAAAGACUGUCCCUUCCUGUUCAGCCACUGUUACAAUCCCGAAAUGUGUCGGUUCAUUUGUGAGGCUGUGUUUGAAAUUGAAGACCAAGAAUUACCUUCCACACUUUCCAGCCUCCUUGUGAAAUACCUACUCCAAAAACUGACACGUUCUGCGAAGGACGAAGCCGCCGCAAAUCACCGGGAUGUCGCUGCUGUAGCCACGGUGGCCUGGUCUCUUGGACAAUCCCAGCAGAACACACUCCAGAGUUGCCACUUCCCUUCCUUGGAAGUGAAGGAAUUUGCCCUGCAGUGGGGGCUGGUGGUGCCCUUCGCAUCUCCAAAGUGCUCAAGCCAUGAGGAAGAGGGUAGAUACACAUUUUCCAGUUUCAUAGUCCAACACUUCUUGGUCGCGCUGCAUUUGGUGCUUGCCCAAGAGAUUAAGGACAAAAAACUGACCAAACACCUUCGGCUGCUCUCCAAGCCCAAGAAGCUUCUCUCUUCUUGGGACUUGGUCCCUCGUUUUUUAGCUGGCUUGCUGUUCUUGCAAGACAAUCUAGGCUCUUCCUUCCUUUUUGAAGAGGAGGGGGAGGUGGACACAGAGAAAAUGAUUGCCAAGAAGCGGAAGAGUCUCCUGAAAUACAUCCGGAAACUCACGAUACGGGACUUCAGCCCAGACAAGCUGCUUGACCUCUUCCACUGCAUCUAUGAAACACAGGACCAGUAUCUCUUGCAGCAUUUGGCAUUGGAACUCCAGCCAAGCUUGUCUUUCCUCAGCUUUCCUCUCACCCUCCCCGAUGUUCAUGUCUUGCAUUCAGUCUUGAGGAGAUCCACAAAGGAGUUUGCUUUGGAUUUGAGGAGUUCCAUCGAUAUAGAAGGACUCAGAUGUCUGGUCAGCAUGAAGAACGUGACCUCAUUCAGGGCGUCUCUUGGUGAUGCUGUCCAGCUCUGGAAACACUUGUGGGAAGCCAAGGAAGGAGAGCCGCUGCGGUCCGCCGUGGAGAAGUUUGCCGUCAUUCCGUUCAAAGCAAAGACCAUGAAGGAUGUUGAAGAUCUUUCGGCCCUCGUAUGCAUGCAGGAGAAAAUGACCCAAGGCAAGGCAGAUUCACCAGGCAGCACCGUCCAUGUCAUUCCGGCUAUCGCAGAGCUUAGACGACUAGAGUUCGUCUUGGGACCUGUUUGUGGCUGGAAGGGAUUCCAAAAGUUGGUGGAAAUUCUUGACGUGUUUCCAGCACUUCAGCAUUUAGACUUGGAUUCUCCAGAAGAAAACGAAAUAGGAGACCAAGGAGCAACAGCCCUCAGUGAUGUCCUGCCCCGCUUGACCUCCCUGGAAACACUGAACUUGUCACGGAACAAGAUAACGGACCAGGGGGCGGAGAAGCUGGCCAAAGCGCUGCCUUCCCUGCCUUUACUGAAGACACUGAGCUUGUACAAUAAUAACAUUGGGGACGCUGGAGCAGGAAAUAUUGCAGAGAUGCUCCCCAGGAUGUCCUCGCUGAAGGUGUUGGACAUGCAGUGCAACAAGAUCACGCCUGCCGGAGCCCAGCAUCUGACAGACAGCUUGAAAAAAUGCCCUCGUAUUCAGAGCGUGGCACUGUGGAACCCCACAAUCCCCUGUGGAGUUCUUGCACAUCUUCAGCAGCUAGAUUCUCGAAUCAGAUCGCUCUAGAGCCAGCACAUCCUGUGACAACUAAGAUCCUCUUCGGAUACCAGCCAAGAACUGACACGUGUCCAUUUGGGGCUUUGUAGACAGGGACUCAGCUCCACAGGUCCCCGGACCACUUACGCUCCUUGCUGAGAAGUCCGUGCAUGAGCCUCAGCUGUCAAGGCAAAGUGGCCCACGCAGGGCCGCCCAGAUUAUUUGGGGGGGGCAAGUGUGAUGUUGGGGGCCCCUCUAAAGGGACUCGUGCAGGUGUGUACAAAGUUGGAGGACCAUACACUGAAGUGGGGAGCUUGCUUUGUGGGGGGGGGCACAUGGCUUCAGUUGGCCCCUUCUCUGGGCAGCCCUGGGCUCAAUUGCUUGUCGUUUGCUCCCAGCCAAGGAGGGAAAUGCAAGUCCUCCUGCAGCACUGAACUUGGGGUGACGCUUGAUUUGCAGCCUGGGUCGCUUUUGCCUUGGCUUGGAUGACCAUCACCUUCCAGGGUAGGGAGGGGCACAGCAGGCGGGGCUGCCUCCACCCCACACAGCUGGCUCUGGAGAUGCUCAUAGGACCCUCCGAGCAAUGCUGCUACUUGUUUCUGCUUGACAGGCCCUCGUAAGGGAGUGUCCGCCUCUCCUUGCCUCCGUCCAUCCCAAAUGCAGGUGUACUCUCGGAAAUGGAUUUGCAAUGCCGCUUGAGACGAAUCCUGAGAAUCCGUGAACAGUGAAAAACAGUGUAUGCAGUGCAAAUCUAGAGUCCCACCUCAUCUGAUUCAGUGUUAUGACAGUUAAUACACAAUACAAUGUCCAGCCUAAAUGAGUCGUGAGUAAGUAAGUGAUGACUAACUUGUCCCUUUGAUUUCAUUGGAGCUCAGUCAUGACUAUCUAGUUUGGACGCUGUCCGUGGUGGAGGAGAGGUCGCACACAUUUUUGUAUAUAGAAGAAUUUGAGGGGUUUUGUAAUUGCUGUCGAUACGCCCAGAUCCAUUUGUGGGAGUGAAACCUAAUGUACAGUUUUGUAUCAUUUUCAAGAAGUCUACAUUAAACUUUUCAAAUCA